AUGCUUCUCAAUAUUGCGGGUAUUAAAAUCACUUUCAAACGAAAGAGCAUCUACCGCUUUUUCAAUGUAUUUCUUGUUGCCAGCAUAAUGAUCACCGCGAUGAAUGAGCGAUAUCGCGGCGGUCAGGACCUUAUUAUUGAUCUACCAGCCGACUACGAUAUCCAACACGUGGAUUGGUUGGCCAUUUACUGUUACAAAUUCCGUGUCGAUUUCGGUCAUGUGGCCAUUUCAAAUGUGUCAUCACGAAUUCCGCCAUACGUACCACCACAGAAAAGGUUCGAUGACGUUGCAACAACUGUUGAAGGAUGGCCGGUGACGUCAUUGCUGGGAAAUGACAAUCGACGAAACUUCACAUUUCAACUAGGAGUUCCCGGUGGAAAGAAAGGAUAUCAAUCAAUGGCUCGUGCACGGCCAGCCAAAUACGUGUGGUAUGUGAACGGCAUGCUAGCUGAUCUCUAUUUGAAACGCGGUGUAACCUACACGUUUAUAGUUGAAGGCGGAUCUGACAAGUCUACAUCGGAUUUCUUCAAUCCACUUUAUAUUUCUGAUGAUCAGUUCGGUGGCUAUGGCAAGCUAAGCAAUGAAGAGAAAGAGCAAGUCACUGUCUACUCCGGCUCCGAUCCAUCACGAGUGUCCGGCCGACUGUGCCUCUGGUCAAAUGAUGAAACCGUGGACGAAUCGCAGUUUUCCACUUUCGCCGAUUUCCGAAAAACUCUGCAUCUGAAAUGCGAAACCGACAAGGUCGCUGCGCUAUUUCAAUUCACACCUGAUGAAAAAACACCUGACACACUCUACUACCAGGUAAAUCUAACCUUUUCAUUUGGAAAGCCCUGA